AUGUCGCAACAACAAACCGUCUUUCGAUUCCCGACCAGAAAUGCCUUUGAAGACUUGGCUACCUUCCAGGAAGAUAUUCCUAGACCGGCUAGCCACGAGGUUCUCAUCAAAGUACGGGCUGUUUCAAUCAACUCCAGAGAUACCCAGAUUGCUACCUCCAAAUAUCCUUUCCACAUCAAAGACAAUGUAAUUCCAGGAUCGGAUGCGGCCGGCGACAUUGUGGAGGUUGGAGAUGCCGUCCGUGGUUUCGCCAAGGGAGACCGAGUUGUGGUAUCCUUCGAUAAUACCCGUCUCUAUGGGCCAGCCAAUGAUGUGAUUUCCGGUCAAGGUGGUGGUGUUGACGGUGUGAUGGCCCAAUAUAUCGCUCGCUCGGCGUCUGCUGUUGUCAAGAUUCCUGUCGGUUCCCCUCAAUCAUACAGCGAACUCGCCUCGCUUGUAUGCACCGGAGUCACUGCUUGGAACUCUCUCUACGGCAACAACCCUCUGAUUGCCGGUCAAUCUGUUCUCGUUCAAGGCACUGGAGGUACAUCCAUGACAGCUCUUGUUUUAGCCAAAGCAGCUGGUGCGACCACAAUUGUGACCUCCUCCAGCGAUGAAAAGCUCAAGGUCGUCAAAGAAUUGUUCAACCCCGACUAUUGCAUCAACUACACCAAGACUCCGGACUGGGCUUCAGAGGCCGUCAAGCUGACCGGUGGAAAGGGCGUUGAUCACAUUUUGGAAAUUGGCGGCGUCGGAACCAUCGAGCAGAGUAUUGCUGCAAUUGCCCAGGGAGGAGUAAUCAGCAUCAUUGGAUAUCUCGCCAAGUAUGACCCUGCGCGCGUCCCCAACAUCUUGCUGCUCGCCCUUGGCAAGGAGGCUGUUCUGCGCGGUAUUCAGAUUGGCCCAAAGUGCAUGCUAGAUGACCUAGUCACUUUGGUGUCAAGGCAGAAAUUGAGGUUUCAGAUUGAGAAGGAGUAUGCAUUCACUCGGGAUGACAUUGUUGCCGCUUACAAUGAUCUUGCUUCUGGCAAGCACAUUGGAAAGAUCUGCAUUACGGUUGAGUGA